UGUAAAAUGCGUGCGAAUGGUCACGCUUCGUGGACGGUUGCUUUCGCAGUCGCAGUGUUUGCUCAAUCGGUCACGGUGGGCCAUUGCAUCAGCUUGCAAAAUAUUCGGGAACAUUUUUAUGGUGAAAGCGCAAAUGACGCCAGUCGAGAGAUUGAAGAGCUGGAAAUGGACUUGCGUAGGCUGGUGCAGAGUGAUGGGUGGUCAAAAUCGUUGGAUCCGGAGCUGCUGAAGCACUUUUAUGCUAGUGCUGAAGGUCUGGAGGCGGAAAAUGAUGUUAGGUGUCCUUGCGAAGAAGCGCUGCAUCGGAAGGAGGUUGAUUCGAUGAUCAAACGUAUGUACCGGCAAAGUGGGCUGGAGUUGACGGAUAGUAGUGAAGUGACUUCAAUAUCACAGCAGCUGACAACGUCAACGCCUUUGCAAACGACAACAGUGACAACUGAAAGAACAACUUCGACUACGAUGAUACCAUCCACAACGGCUCCACCGGUCACGACACUUUCUACUACAUCCCCAUCUACUACCACACCGUCUACUACAACUUCAACUUCUACCACACCGUCUACUACGAAACAGUCCACUACGACACCACAGACAACAUCAGAAACAACAUCAACAUCUACAACAGAAAAAUCUUCCUCGAUAAAAACAGAAUUACCACCGGUAGCCAUGUCUGAGGCGAGUGCAACACCGCUGGAUACUACUACCACAGCGGAAUUAACAACAACGACGGCCGCAAGUACAACUUCGAUCUCUCAAUCGCAAUCAGACACUAUGACUGUGACAAUCACGACAUCAACCCCAAAAGUGUCAAAUUCAACAACAACGGAAGUUACUACAACUGUCCAAUCAUCAGAAGAAGUGUUCAUUUCUUCUCGCUUUCACCCGGCUACUUGGGUGACAACGGAAGCUACUUCCAAACCAAAAGCUCGGCCAAUCGUACCAAUUUCGGACCUCAGCUUGAUCAACCUUCCCGGCGUACACUACAUAACCCUGAGACCUCCCGUAACUACCGUCGAUCCAGCGGAUAUUUUCCUCAAUCCGAUUACGAUUACGUUCCCACAGCUGGAGACAUUCGCUCCGGAGCAAACCCGUCCAGCGCAUCUGGAGAAACCCGCCAAUUACAUCAUAUCCCGAGAGGUUCUCAAGCGGAUCUACCGCCGCAUUCAGAAACUGAAACAGAUCGAGAAAAAUUGCCGCCGACUGCAGGAAGAACAGCAGCAGAAGACGGAAACACCAGCACCAUCCAACUGUCGACCAACUCGUCGCCCACUCCCGGGUUCGUUGGAGGAUUUCGUUAUGAGGUUACCUCCUUUUGAAUUCCCUGGACGUCGGCAGCGUCGAUUAUGCCAGCAGAGGGACGCCGAACGGCGGCGUUUUUGUCGACAAGGAUUCAGCUUCCGGCAGUUCGGUGAGAACCGACGACGGGUGCGCUACUUUCGGAAGUUGCUCAGGGAUGUUAAUCCGAGGUUUCGCAACAGAGACACCAGAUGUUCAGCGCCUGGAUUUAGCGGGUGGGCUUCACUAGGUUUGAAUGGAGAGAAUUAAACUGUGCUGUUGGUUUGGAGGUUAGACAUAGUUAGUAAAUUAUUGGCCCUAGCUUGUUUUGGUGUAAAAAUGACUGGUUAAAGCGUACGAGUAGUAUUGUUUUGUUAUCACCUACGUGAAUGAGCAGUAAACCUUGUGGAGUGUAGAUUUGGUAAUGGUUGGAUGCGACAGAUUUCGUGCGAAAUGGAAAAGCAUUCAGUAGAGUUAUGUAACGCUCAAAUAGGGCUUUGCGUUAUGGUGCUCAGGCAUGAAUAAGAGUGUUACGUAAAUUAACGACAGCUACCAAAACAAAACUUUAUAGCAAACGAUUACGCAAUUAUAUCCAGCUCACGAGGUCUGCUCAAUUUUAUACAUGGAAAAUUUUUCAACGCGAAAGAGUGAUUAGUAAACCACUUAAGACUAUUUUAGUUUUUUUUUGUGUUCGGCUCACAAACAUAAUCAUCGUCGUCGUCAUUUA